AUGGGUUCUCGGCAACAUCUCCGAGAUAUACAAACUGGACCCCCACUAGAUUAUCACGAUGAUAUUAGAGCCAACUCCCGAGAGUAUGCCGAAGCGCUCGACAAAGAAGACUCAUUGCGUGGGUUUCGCAGUGAAUUUAUCAUUCCGUCCAAGACGGACUUGAAGCGCAAGGUUUUGAGCGAUGCACAAAGCCUCGAGGACAAUGCCGAUGAAAGAUGCAUUUACUUGUGCGGUAACUCGCUCGGCGUGCAGCCGCGAAAUACCCGGCAGUAUAUCGAGCGAUAUUUGCAAACAUGGGCGAGAAAAGGUGUCUUUGGUCAUUUUGUACCUCACAGCGACCAACUGCUACCUCCCUUUGUGGAAGUGGACUCUGCCGCGGCUAAGCUGAUGGCACCCAUCGUCGGUGCGUCUGAGAGUGAGGUUGCAGUGAUGGGAACAUUGACUGCCAAUCUUCAUCUCCUCAUGGCCAGUUUUUAUCAACCGACUACCGAGAAGUAUAAGAUUAUUUUGGAAGGCAAAGCUUUCCCGAGCGACCAUUAUGCGAUUGAGUCUCAGAUCUUACACCACAAGCUCGACCCCAAGCAAGCCAUGGUUCUGAUCGAGCCUGAAAAUCCGGACCGCCCAGUGCUCACCACGGACCAAAUCAUCAAGGUCAUCGACGAGAAUGCUUCCAGCACCGCCUUGAUACUGUUGUCUGCCGUACAAUUCUACACCGGCCAGUACUUUGACAUUCAACGGAUCACAACCCACGCUCAUUCCAGGGGCAUCUUGAUUGGAUGGGACUGUGCUCAUGCUGCCGGCAAUGUUGACCUGCGUCUUCACGAGUGGGAUGUUGACUUUGCGGCAUGGUGUACCUACAAAUACCUGAACAGCGGACCGGGAGGGAUGGCGGCAAUUUUUGUACAUGAACGACAUGGCCAGGUAGACGAACAACAAAACUUCCGACCACGGCUUGCCGGCUGGUGGGGGAACGAUCUUAAAACCCGAUUCCAGAUGAAAAAUGGUAAGCUUGAGACAAUCCUUGACCCAUCGACGCUGAUAAUGACGGUGAUACUAAGACUGUCGUCAGACUUCGUGCCUCAGCCUGGUGCUGCUGGAUUCCAGCUUUCCAACCCAUCGGUCUUGGAUAUCAACGCUGUAGUCGCUUCGCUCGAGAUUUUCAAGCGUGCCGGCAUGAAGUCGAUCCGUGAGAAGUCAUUACAUUUGACCGGCUACUUGGAGCACCUCUUACUCACCUACCCGCUUGAUUCAUCUCCCGAGAGCAAGCCUUUCAUCAUGAUCACACCUGCAAAUCCCGCAGAGCGAGGUGCUCAGCUCAGCUUGCGGCUUCGACCCGGUCUGCUGGAAAAGGUUCUACCCUAUCUAGAAGAACAUGGCGUGGUGAUUGACGAGAGGAAGCCUGACGUCAUCCGAGUGGCUCCUGCUCCUCUCUACAAUACGUAUACUGAUGUGUGGGAAUUCUGUCAAGUCUUCUUUGCAGCUUGCCGAGAAGCCGUCCAGCCGUCAGCAUGA